CAAGACUGAAGAAAUGAAGAAUAAGCCUGUGAAGGUCCAGACGUGUGAUGUGAAAAAAAAUGGAGUCAAAUCAGAUGUUAAUGAACCUGUAAACGUAUGGGCGAAGAAAUCAUGGACGAGUCUCUUCAAGAAAGAGGAACCCACGACAAAUGGAGAGUUAGUGACUGAACGCAGUGAUGAGAAAUUUAAAUCGUUGGACACUGUUGAAAAAAGCAGAACUAUUGAUCCAGCCACUCACAGACUAGCAGAAUUUCUAUCGAACUUCGAAAUUGAUGGAAAAAGUGCUAAUCUACAACCAAGAGGCUUAAUCAAUAGGAGCAAUUAUUGCUACAUCAAUUCGAUUUUACAAGCCUUGCUGGCCUGCCCACCUUUAUGCAAUCUGCUGAUAGGACUUUCGAAGAAUUUGACGGAGAAUGGACACGGCCUACCACCCAUCAUAAAGAACAUGUGCAAAUUCAUCAAUAAAUUCGAGAAGCUGCCCGAUUCCUACCUAAACCGUAUAUCGAAAAGGAACAAGAAGAAACAGGGGAGUUUCGACUUCUCCUGCGGCGACUCGAUCGAAGCCUCUUCGAUCUACACCAUCCUGAAUGAUACCAGAAGCGACUCGUUUCUUGUCGAGGGACGUCAAGAGGACGCUGAGGAAUUUUUGGGUCUACUGCUGAACGGACUGAAGGACGAAAUGAUGAAUAUAAUCGAAUCCUGCAAAACUGAGAACAAAAUAGAAAUGAAUCACGACUCCGAAGACUGGAAACAAAUGGGACCAAAGAACAAGCGUAACAUCACGAGAAAGGUUCAAUUCGACAAAACUCCAAUCAGCGACAUAUUCGCCGGACUCUUGUGCUCAAAGAUCCACAAAACGGGAGAUGAAUCCACAGAAAACAUACAGCCGUUCCUGACUCUUCAGCUGAACAUCAGGACGGCCAAAACCAUCACGGAAGCCCUGGAACAGCUGACGAUAAAGAAUCAACUUGAAGGAAUAACUUCGGCCAAGACGAAUCAAAAGGUGGAAGCGUGGCAGCAGGUGCUGAUCGAGAAACUGCCGGCUGUUCUUGUCCUCCAUCUGCAAUAUUUCCGUUACAAUGGGAACGGAUGCACGAAGAUUAUGAAGAAGGUGGAGUUCCCCAUCGACCGCCAGGUUGAUUCCAAGAUCCUGUCGGGAAAACCUAGCAGUUCUUCAGAGAAACAAUACAAGCUUUUCGCUGUCGUUUACCAUGAAGGUAAAGAGGCCAGCAAGGGACACUAUGUGGCGGACGCGUUCCAUUCUGGACAUCGUACUUGGUUGAGGUUUGACGAUGCAAAAGUGAGAUCAGUGUCAGUGGAAAGUGUUUUGAAACCGCAUGGAGACAGAGUUCCUUAUCUUUUAUUUUAUAAAAGAGGUGAUAUAGUUUAA